GGUCUGAAUACUUUCCGUACCCACUGUAUAUUAAUAUUAUAGUAUCAAUAGUAAUGUAUUGUUUUAACUCUGCUCUUCAGUGUUCAGAUGGAGAGAGGAGCUGCCACCUGUGGACAGCAGUGGACCUGGCCUUCUUUGUCCUGAUGGGGGUGGUGGGUGGCCUGCUGGGGGCGCUCUUUAACUGCAUGAACAAGAUCCUGGCCAAGUAUCGCAUAAAGCACAUCCACCCCAAGGCCAAGUUUGUCAGAGUUCUCGAGAGUCUGCUGGUUGCCAUGGUGACGACCGUGGUGAUAUUUGCAGCUUCCAUACUGUUGGGCGAAUGUCGUGACUUGUCCUCCCCCACAACCCAUAACACCACGCUGUCUGGCGGAGAGGACAUCAACUCAACCAUUCGACAGUUCUUCUGCACCAACAAGACCUACAAUGACAUGGCCACGCUGUUUUUCAACCCACAGGAGGCUGCCAUCCACCAGCUCUUCCACCAGGAUGGUACCUUCAGCCCUGUGACUCUGUCAGUCUUCUUCCUGCUGUACUACCUGUUGGCCUGCUGGACCUACGGUGUGUCUGUACCUAGCGGUCUCUUCGUCCCCUCACUGCUCUGUGGGGCGGCUUUUGGACGUCUGGUUGCCAACAUCCUCAAAGUGAAACUGGGAAUGGACAUCUACUCGGGGACCUUUGCUCUCAUUGGAGCUGCCGCCUUCCUCGGAGGCGUGGUCAGAAUGACCAUCAGUCUGACUGUCAUCCUCAUUGAAUCCACCAAUGAGAUCACAUACGGGCUGCCCAUCAUGAUCACUCUGAUGGUUGCCAAGUGGACUGGAGAUUUCUUCAACAAGGGCAUCUAUGACAUCCACAUCCAGCUCAGAGGAGUGCCGCUGCUGGAGUGGGAGACUGAGGUUGAAAUGGACAAGCUGAGAGCCAGUGAUAUCAUGGAGACCAACUUGACCUAUGUGUACCCCCACACCCGGGUCCAGUCUCUAGUCAGCAUCCUGCGCACCACCGUCUACAACGCCUUCCCUGUGGUCACUGAAAACCGGCAGAACGAACGGGACUUCAUGAAGGGCAACAUCCUGGUCAGCAACAACAUCCGCUUCAAGAAAUCCAGUGUUGUGUCCCGUGCGGGGGAACAGUGGCGCCGCUGCCAGUCCAUGAAGUCGUACCCAUCCAGCGAGCUGAGGAACGUGUGUGACGAACAGAACGUGGUGGUAGAGCCAGCAGAGGAGGGAGAGGACCUGCUGCAGCAGAUGUUAGAGAGGAGACAUGCUCCAUACCCCAACCUGUACCCAGAUCAGUCUCCCAGUGAGGAGUGGACCAUGGAGGAGCGCUUCAGACCACUCACCUUCCACGGCCUCAUCCUACGCUCCCAGUUGGUCAACCUGCUCAUCAGAGGGGUCUGCUACGCUGAAAACCAGUCGAGCGCCACUCAGCCCAGGUUGUCCUAUGCAGAGAUGACUGAAGAUUACCCACGUUACCCUGACAUCCAUGACCUGGACCUGGCCCUGCUCAACCCCCGCAUGAUAGUGGAUGUCACCCCCUACAUGAACCCAUGUCCCUACACAGUGUCACCCAACACCCACACCUCCCAGGUGUUCAACCUGUUCAGGACCAUGGGGCUGCGACACCUCCCAGUGGUUAACGCUGUUGGAGAAAUUGUUGGAAUAAUCACGAGACAUAAUUUAACACACGAGUUCCUUGUGGCCAAACUGCGGCAGCACAGCAUCACUAUUUGACCCGACUCUGGACAGUCUGCUGUUCCUCCAACCCAGACUGUUCAGCCUGGUCCUGGUCCUGAGUCUUUGUCUCUGUCCAUUUGUAAUAGCAUGCACACAUUCUCUGUGGUACAAUAAGGAACACAUUUAUCCUGUAAGUUAUAUUUGACUCAAGUCUUACAUAGUGUUGAGGAACCUGGCUUCAGUGGCAGGACUGGAUUCAUACACUAGGGACACGUUAAUAGAACCAGAUUGGUUUUGACUGUAUAGAAAAGGUUUUACACGUCACAGAUAUCCCCAACGAUGCAUAUGAUAAUUCAUGAGCUGACAACACCAGAUGAUCUGAUAGCAUUGAAACAUUAGCCACCUCAGCUGUUCUUUUGGUGACUAGUGUUAUCGUCACUCAGUGGUACUCAAGCUCUUUUUACUGUCAUGCUCCCCCUUCAGAAGCCAAAAAAAGUUCAUGAACCCUCUACCCACACAACUCAUUUAGUUUUUAUCAAUCGUUAAUUAUUCUAAAAGAUUUCUUUUCCCUUUUUAAAGACCAGGUGAGCUGGGUAGCCCUGCUGGCAGCAGCACAUUGUAGUUUGUUGAUCGUCUCUACAGGAGCUUCUCAUCCACACAGAACUGGAAAGAUGUAUUACGUGAAGUGUUAAGCUCAUUGACAACUGUUUCUGCUGGUUGGAGACACAAAAGACAAAUGUUCUUUGCAGGCGGAGCUUGUAAUAACAAAGUCAUAGCCCAACAUAGCUAGCCUUCUGACUACAUGUUAGGUUGAAUUCCAUUGAACUUGAGACAUUGACUGAAAGCUCCAGCAGCUUGUUGAUCGUGUUACUCACCGUUUGAAGGAAACAUCACUUGCAAAGGAUUCCUCGCUACCCUCAUGACACAAUCUUUCUUUUGACCUUUUGGUCAUGCUUUAGUCGUUAUCACUGUAGCACUUUUACGUUUGACUGUUGUCUGUACAUUUGUAUUCACUGUGUAAGAAAGUGGAAUAAGUGCACUAAAGCAGGUCCCCUCACGGCCUGUGACUGAACUAGACCUCUGGGAAGAGUUUGCUCAGUAUCACGUGUAGCCACUCUAACCACCGUAAAUACAUUAGCAUUGUUUUGCACUCAUGACAUGUAGUAAUAUUUUCACUGAUCAGUUCAGUGACCUCAGCAGACAGACAGUCUUGGUUUUGUGAUGCAACACAUUCCCCAUUCUAAUAAAACCAUUGUGUCGAAUAUAUGACACGUUAGUUCUGGUCCAUUGUCCUGGGUCAUCGGUUCAUUACCCUCAAAUGUGACUGGGAGCAAAGGCAAGUAAGAAGAAGUGGAAUUGUGCACUUAUUUAUUACCACUUGUUUAUUAGCGACCACAAUGGCACAUGUAUGUACAUCAAACAUUCCUUAUUUGUUUCUUGUCUGCUUUGUUUUAUUUAAGAGAUUAUUUUUUUGUACAAUUUAAUGUUUAUGAUUUGCUGCCCGUGCUGUGAAUUGCAUUUGUAAAUGGACCAAUGCUGUCCUGGAUAAUAUUGUUUAUAGUCGAGGCAUUGCUGACUUGUUGUUUUAAAAUGAGUCUCUCUAUGUUGUGCAUACUACAUAUGGCAUGGCAGGUGGUGAGCAGAACAUGAGAUUAGGAGAAACGGUGGACGGUACACUUCCUACUGUGAAGCCAGACCCGAGGGACUGUUUGCCAAAUACUUUGUUUCAUAUGACUUAUGUGGAGAUAUUAGACAGCGCCCUGUGCUUGUUUUAGAUGUAGAACUGGCACAUGGCAAAAACAAAGCUGCAGCCAUGGAACAAAAAGCAGAGACACCUCUGUCUUGUGCCUUUUUAGUGUUCAAAUAAAGCUUCUGUUUUGUCAAAUUUAAAAA